CAAACAAAAAUCCACACAAAAAUUCCCAUUGAUUAAAUUCACAUCAUAACUAUGCAUUCUAAAACAUAUUUAUUUCCAGGUUUCCAAAAGUAUUACACAAUUAAGCUGGUAUGAAUGGCUAGUGGCCCCACUUUUGUAUUUACAUAAGCAUCAGAAACUGCAAAUAUGCUUUUGAGGCAUCAGUCUAAGUCUGAUUAAUGCACACAUGAUUUAUGUGCAUUAAGAUGUGAUUCAUACUUCAGAAAUCAAGUUACUGAAGUUAUUUGAUGUAAAGAAGAGGAAAAGAAUUGAAUGUGUUUCAGUUUGAAUACCAGGCCUCAGUUAAGUGUUUUGUAUAUUAAAAGUGUGUCUUAGCCAACAAACCUAUCUGAGGUAUCCAGAAACUCUGCAAGUGGCAGUUUGCUAAACUCCUUGGGCAGUACUGGCUCUUUCACUUUAUGUAAACACGUUCCACAAAUGUCACAUGUUCCACGUUUAGUGGUUCUGCAAAACCAGCCACACAUUCUGCUACCAUUGAUAAGUCAAGAUACACUCAUCUAAAGUAUUUCUGCAGUUUCAGAUUAUUUAUUCUGCUAUUGUGGAAAUUAUGAUGUGACAAAACCCACUGUUACAGAAAUAAAUAUAUUAUGUGUUUUAAAUCAAGCUAUUUUUUCUCUACAUAACUGUAAAGGGAAAAUCUUAGAAUUAGAUUGACUGGUGCAAUAAUUUAAAUUAAACUGCUUUUAUUUUUAACUCUCACAUCACUUUGCCUUCAGCCUAGAAGUGUAUGCAUCAAAUUUCUGACAGAUUUUUUUUAAGCAGUGGACUACAUAAGCCCUUCAAACCAGGAUUUCAAGUGGAAAAUAUAACCAGUCCUUAAUUACAGCUGCAUCACAACACUAAUGGAAUUCCACUAACUAGCAUUGUAUAAUGCCUCAUUUGCUCCUCCUACAUGCACUAAAUAUAAAUGUGCAUGAGCAGCAAAACCAAUUUACCUAAUCUCUGAAUCAGCUAAAUAGCAUUUGCACUGAAAUUUUGUCUGUAUGCUAACUUAUCUGGUUAAACUGUGGGACAAACUUGAUAAAUAAGGAGAAUCAUAAUUAUAUUUUAUCUUUAGAUGUUUUGCUAUUUUGUUGCUUGCCUGAGAAGUUAAGGAUUCUACUUAUACUGUUCAAGACAAUUUAUUUCUUUUGGAAAGGAUGGACUUUUUUUAAACAUAAUUUCUGUUAAAUAUUUCUGUGGUGUCCUACUUUUCUUGAGUUACUAUCCAAUUUACAUCUAUGCAAAUCCUGGAACACUAAGUUCAUUCUUCUGAAGUGUGUUGCAUUUACAUGGGGUUGUUGUGUCUUGAAAAACAUUUUACUGUGUAUAAUGGCAUUGCAAUUAGCUGAAUGCUGUUCAUAAGGCUAAUUGCUUAUUAAGGUUUUUCUUUUUCCUGUCACUCAGGACAGAAACAAGGGACUGAUUUUCUUCCUGAAUGUAGUAUACCUACAGUUACUGUAUGUUAAACAUGAAUUGCACUGAAGUGCCAGCCCAAAUGCCCCUUUUUAAUCCACAGUUUAGGUGUAAAAUAUUUUCUCCAAAACCUAGACAUCAGGCCAGUUCUUAUUUUUUUAAAUUUCUGACAUGUCAGUUGCAGAAUCAGAAGUGUUGAGAUUUCAGUCUUAGCAAGAAUGUAAUGAGGCUGGUCUGUUCAAUGUUUCCUGUCAGUUCUCCACUGCAUGCUUGCUGACUUUCUCUGUUCUUGGUUGGGAACACUGCCAAAAGGAAAUCUGAGGAGUCUGUCCAACAAAUUGUUUCCUUCAGAGUUCCCAUCCCAUUUUGCAAUUUGGGUUGGUUUUUUUUUUCUGUAAUGCCUAUAAGACUCUUACAAUAGUAAGGCAUCAGGGAAGAAAUCCAUUUCUCAAUGUGCUGUAAAAGACCCAGGAGGUGCUGUAGGUGUAGGAAUUCUGAAGAGCUUUAGCAGAGGGAUCCCACUCUGGGUGCAGUUUACUUUCCAGAGAUGUGAGUGCAGAACUUAGCACUACAGACCAAUGGUAAUUGUGGAAAAGGCUUUUCCUGCUAGCACUGUGCAAGCUGGUUAUUCUAUUAAAAACAAUCCAUGUAGUUUACAAGUGCCUCAGUUUAUAGAUUAGUCAGAUUCUGUAUUGAUCAGUUUUGAUAAUGCAGAUUAUAAGCACAUGUAGGAGCAUCUGCUUCUGUUUUGUUUAGUUGGAGAUUAUCCCUUAAUCAUGCAAGGUCCAGGUGUGCAUUUUCAGAUUUGUUGACUCAGGGAAGGUGGAGAUAGUAUUAAAGGCCAGUCACAAUAUGCUGCAGUUACAUUUAUGUUGUUGCUCCUGUGAAGAAUUGAACCACUCAGUGAAGAGAAUGGCAAGAAGAAAUGUCCUCAUUACAGGUUGCUCCUCAGGAAUUGGACUGGCAUUAGCUGUAAAAAUGGCAAAAGAUGAACAGAAAAGAUUUAAAGGUAAUCUAUCUGUUCUUUAUCUUUACAAAAACAUACCAUUUGAGAUGGUGCUGUUUUUUUCUCUGUGAUUUAACAGAUGGUUGUAUUCAGUUUGGUGACUCGUUUCUGGUUCGUUUUCCACUUCUACUGUCAAGAAAAUCCAGUGAAAAUAUACUGAUUUCUUGUUUGCCACAAUGAGGAACCUGGCCAAGAAAGCACCACUGGAGGAAGCUGCAGGUCACAGGCUGGGCAAAACCCUCGAGAUUAAACAGCUGGAUGUCUGUGAUGAGCAGUCUAUUAAAACCUGUGUGAACAGCAUCCCUGACAGAAGGAUUGAUGUCCUGGUGAGCAAUGCUGGAAUGGGGCUCAUUGGACCUAUUGAAUGUCAGACCAUCGAGGAAAUGAAAACUGUGAUGGACACCAACUUCUUUGGCCUGGUUCGACUCCUGAAGGAGAUCUUGCCUGACAUGAAGAGGAGAAAGAGUGGCCAUAUAGUUAUAAUAAGCAGUGUUAUGGGAAUACAAGGUAUCUUAUUUAAUGAUGUUUAUGCUGCAUCUAAGUUUGCUGUGGAAGGAUUCUGCGAAAGUUUAGCUAUACAAGCACUCAAGUUCAAGCUGCAGUUAAGUUUGAUUGAACCAGGCCCCGUGGUUACAGAGUUUGAAAGAAAAGUGUUUGAAGAUGGAAUGAAAAUGGAUCUUUCAGCUGCAGAUGAAGAAACAGCUGAGAUGUUUACUAAUAUUUACCUUAAAAAUUACAAACAAAUUUUCCAGAGCCUGGGACAAAGUGCUGAAGAUGUUGCAGAGCACACAGUAAAGAUAAUUCUUGCAGAAAAUCCACCUUUUCGCCACCAGACCAACACCUUGUAUACUCCCAUGACAACUCUGAAGUAUGCAGACCCAAAUGGAGAUCUACCCAUUGACAUAUUCUACAAAAUGGUUUUUCAGCAUGACAAAAUCUUCAGUGCAAGUCUCAACUUCAUCAAAUUGCUAAGGUGGAGAAGCAGAAAGAGCUUUGACCUGGGAAAACCUUCACAAUAAGUAUGAGAUUAUAUAGUGCAAAUUGGAAUUACUUCUUGUAGCUACUGAUGACACAGUGCUAUUCAAAUGCCUUUGCUCUGUAAUUAUGAAAAGGCAUGCAAGAUAUUUGUUUGAGCUUAGCUAAGAUAUUCAUUUCAAUGUGUAUCUCUUGAAUGUUACUGUUUGCAGAACCUUGCAAUUAAAAUCCUCUAACUAUA